CCUUGUAAUCCGUCAGCCUACCGGCGAGGUGCUGCAGUUGCUGGUGCAGAUUUUUGAGCCGCUCCUGCGCUCGGACAGCAGACUCAAUGACAAAGACAUGCUCGCCUUCGUUCUGGUCUCUGGGUCGCUCUGGAUCAUAUUAGAGCUGAGUUCCACCUUGGUGGAGAAGAUGCAGGUUGAGGAGCUGAUGAGUGGGCUGAGGAUGCCAGAGAUGGGAGAGUUUGGCCAGUUUUUCCGCUCCCUGCCAACGUUCACCCUUGUGGGUAUUGGUGCCCUAACUGCAGUUGUGACAUACUGGCUAGCAACUAGGCCCCGUCCCAUCAAGCCACCUUGUGACCUGCUCCAUCAGUCGGAGGAGGUGCCGCAUGAAGAUGGAGGUCGCAGGUCCAUGAUGGGUGACCACUCCAAACUGAUGACUCAUUACCACGAUGAUGCCAGGACUCUGUAUGAGGUCUUCCAGAGAGGCCUCCAUAUAUCUGGUGAUGGACCUUGCCUAGGCUCCCGGCUCCCUAACCAACCUUACAAAUGGAUUUCCUACAAUGAGGUAAUGGCCCGGGCAGAGCACAUGGGUUCAGGCCUGUUGUACCAAGGCUGCCAACCAAAUACCGAUCAGUUCAUCGGAGUGUUCGCUCAGAACAGGCCAGAGUGGAUCAUCACAGAGCUAGCUUGCUACACCUACUCUAUGGUUGUGGUGCCGCUUUAUGACACAUUAGGCCAAGACGCUAUACGAUUCAUCAUCAACACAGCUGAUAUUUCCACAGUUAUCUGUGACAAGGUUGAGAAAGCCCAGGUACUGCUGGGUAAUGUGGAGCAGAAACAGACUCCGGGUCUAAGAAGAAUCAUCCUGAUGGAUGCCUUUGAAUCAGCGCUGCUGGAGCGCGGCCAGGGCUGCGGUGUCCAUAUCCAGGCAAUGCAGGAAGUGGAAGCUCUGGGCAGAGAGCACUACAGAAAACCUAUACCACCAGCACCAGAAGACCUGUCGAUUGUAUGCUUCACCAGUGGAACUACAGGAAACCCAAAGGGAGUGAUGCUCACUCACGGGAAUGUGGUGGCGGAUUUCUCAGGUUUCCUCAAAGUGACAGACAAAGUAAUUUUCCCAAACCAGGAUGAUUGCCUCAUUUCCUUCCUGCCCCUGGCUCACAUGUUUGAGAGACUCAUCGAGUGUGUGGUCUACUGCCACGGUGGACGGAUUGGGUUCUACCAGGGAGACAUCCGUCUCCUUUCAGAUGACAUGAAGGCCCUGCGGCCAACGAUUUUCCCCGUUGUGCCUCGACUGCUCAACCGUAUGUAUGACAAGAUCUUCAGUCAAGCUAAUACCCCGCUAAAACGUCGGCUGCUCAACUUUGCUGCAAAGAGAAAAAGUGCUGAACUCAGCAGCGGGAUCAUACGCAGCGACAGCAUCUGGGACAAAAUCUUCUUCAGUAAGAUUCAGGCCAGUCUGGGAGGAAGGCUGAGGAUGAUCAUAACUGGAGCGGCUCCUACCUCACCCACUGUCCUGGGAUUCCUAAGAGCAGCACUGGGCUGUCAGGUGUACGAGGCAUACGGCCAGACAGAGUGCACAGCCGGCUGCACCUACACCACCCCUGGAGACUGGACCCCAGGUCACGUCGGGGCACCGCUGCCAUGUAACCUUAUCAAAGUGGUAGACGUACCUGAGAAAAACUACUUUGCCUCCAAAGGGGAAGGAGAGAUAUGCGUGAAGGGACCAAAUGUGUUUAAGGGCUACCUCAAAGACCCAGAGAGGACCGCCGAGACGCUGGACGCAAAUGGCUGGCUCCACACUGGAGACAUCGGCAAAUGGUUACCCAAUGGCACACUGAAGAUUAUUGACAGGAAAAAGCACAUCUUUAAGUUGGCUCAGGGGGAGUACAUCUCUCCCGAGAAGAUCGAGAACAUCUACAUUCGGAGUGAACCCGUGGCACAGCUCUACGUUCAUGGAGAUACCCUGCAAUCCUGUUUGGUGGGAAUCAUAGUCCCUGACCCUGAGGUCAUGCCUGAAUGGGCCAAGAAGAAAGGCAUUUUAGGCACCUACAUGGACCUCUGUAAAAACACGGAAUUAAAGAAGGCAAUCCUUGAGGAUUUGGUGCGUCUGGGUAAGGCCAGUGGCCUGCAUUCUUUUGAGCAGGUGAAGAACAUCUACAUCCACAAUGAGAUGUUCUCCAUUGAAAAUGGCCUCCUGACACCAACACUCAAGGCCAAGAGACCGGAGCUGAAGGAAUUCUUUAAAGUCAAGAUCGAACAACUCUACAGCAGCAUCUCCAUGUGAAGCCCAACGGACCUCAUUUCCCUUUGAACAUCCCAACACUAAGAUCUCCUUUGUCUCAUCAGAUUGAGUGGGACCCUGAAGAAACACUUUAUAUUCACAGUGCUUUUGACAACCAAGCCAAACCUGGCCUGGUAUCUGCUCACCACCAAACCACCCAACACUCUGUACCUAGCAGCAAACGAUUUAUGUUAAUCUGAUCAUUUCUACUUCUUGUCAUUCUGAUUCUCUCCUUGUUGAGUCUAAAUAGACCAACCGAACAACGCCGAUGUUAUGUUUUGUAAUCGCAAAACUGACUUUUGUCUCUGUACUGUGUCUCCACAAGAUCUCUAGAUGUGACACCAGGGGGACAUUAAUGGACUUCAUCCCCAGUGGAACAAAAUACAUUUUGAUGUGAUCAAACAAUCUGCUGCAAACUGUACCGUAAACCAUAUCUGCUGUCCCCACAGACAGAACAGGGAUUUGUCUCCUACAUUGUGAUCAACAUGAUGUCAUGUAAUUAACACAGAAGGUCCCUGUCUGAUGUCAGAACUUAGUAAAUAAGGUAGAAAGGUAGCAGUUCAAAUUGUCCAUGUACAACAGGUGGAGCCACAUCCAGUUAUAGUUCUUCUUAGUCAUGUAUUUAAAAAA